UGUUUGGGCUUUUGUAGUGAAGAUGAGAAGAGUGAGGAGAGUGGGAGGUGAAGGGUGAGAAGGAGGGCAGGCUGGGGUGAGGUGGGCGAUAAAAGAGGCAGAGGGGGAGGAGGGAGGACAGAUGAAGCGCUUACAGAACGAAAGCGGUCGCGUUUAAACUCAACAGUUUCUCAGCACACAGCGAGCAGCGCCUCCUCCUCCUCUUCUUCCCCCUCCUUCAUCCUCCGUGCAUCCAUCCUCCUCCUCCUCCUCCGUUCCUCCUCUCCAUGCCGGCGGAGGUCUCCGCGGGGCUGCCAUGGCGAAGAUCCGGGUGUCGUACGAGUACUCCGAGGCCGAGGACAAGAGCAUCCGGCUGGGCUUGUUCCUGAUCGCCUGCGGGAUCCUCAGCCUCUUCAUCCUGGGCUUCUGCUGGCUCAGCCCGACCCUGCAGAGCCUCCAGAGCAAGCCGGCCAACUGCACGGUGGUGUCGGUGUUGCGUCCGGAGGAGAUGUUCGAGUGCGUGUUCACAUGUGGAGCAGACUGUAAGGGAACGUCGCUCUACCCCUGCCUGCAGAUCUUUGUCAACAACUCCGAGUCCAACUCUGUGGCUCUGCUGCACUUUGAUGAGCAGCAGCUGGUCCUCAACCCAAAGUGUUCGUUUGUGCCUCCCUGUGAGAGGGACAACCAGAAGAACAGAGACAGCGUUCUGUGGUGGGAGGAUUACUUCACCAAAGAGGUCAACAGCCAGUCGUUCAUCUGCUUCUUCAACCAGCAGCGGCGGCCCGAUGACGUGUUGUGGCGCCGUUCCCAUGACACCAGUGUCCUGUUACACUGUGUUCUUUGGCCAAUGGUUUCCCUCCUUCUGGGCACGCUCAUUGUGCUCCUGACGGUAUGUGCUCGCUCCCUGGCUGUUCGAGCCGAGGCCCUCCAGAAGAGGAAGUGCUCCUAUGAGGUCUGCCAAGACCUGUCUGCCAUGCCACCUGACCGCUGCGGCAGCAAGGCCAGAGACCCGCUCACGACGAACUCUGACCCCGAGCUGUCAUCGCCCUCAAGGACCCUGCCGCUGUUUGCGGUCCCAGUGCGGCGCAGAGAUCGGGAACAUUAGAGCGAGCAGAAAGAUGUUUCUUCAGCAUGAAAUCACUAAGAUGCCAAUGAGCCGGUGGGCGAAGUCGACUAAAUGGCUAAAGACGCCACCAACAACCCAUUGCUGUCCGGACUGGUUGGUAUGAUCAGAAUGCUUGAAUUAGGUGAAGAUGAGGGGAAAUCCACUAUUGCCUAUAGAUUUCAGCAGGAAGACUGUACAAAACUUCAGACUUUUUCCUGAUUUUAGCUUAAAGUGGAUCAGUGGAAAUCUUCUGACUAGCAUGAAAGGCUGUUUAAAUGAGGGUAGUUGGUGUUGGGUACUGAUAGCUGGUUCUACUUUGGGUCUGGUUUCUAGUCAUCAAGAAACCCAGACUCAUUAGGUUCUGGUGUUUUAAGGGUCUCUUAUCAAGUAUCUUUAUCUGUUAUACUUGUUCAGUCAUUUCAGCUUACAUGUGAGCUCCAAUAUUUGAAUUAGAUAAUUUGUUAUAGACCAGCUAUAUAAAUUAGUUUAUUCCAACUAUUACAUGGGAAAAAUCUAUUCAUCAGAGAUCUUUCAGUGAUCAUCCAUCAGUUUCUGGCUUCGUACAGCAGCGACUAAUCACAUAUAGAACAAUAUAUGUUCAAGAUAUUCUGGGUAUGGGCUAAAAAUUAUUUAAAUUUAACCAUCUCCAAUUCAGAUUAUUGAACUGGAAGUCCCAUUAUGACCACUUAUACUUUUGCCUCAGCGAUGAGAGCUGGUUCUCCUCCCAUCUCAAAACGAUAAACACUGAACUUAAUUCUCAAUUUUAGGAAAGUGGACAAAGUUGGAUUGAGGUGAGUCUGGCAAAUAUUCUGGUGGUAAGAAAAUGAUUGAGAUCAGCCAAAUUUGAAUCAGGUAGGGUUUUUGAUUCUUAGAAAAUUUUGACUCCUCGUGCUGAUCUUUGACUUGUCUAUCAGAGAUUCAGAUUUAAUAGGAUGCUAUCAAAGCCCAACCCAAACCCUCAUGCUGUGAUUGAUGAUGCACUGUCAGGACAGCACAAGCAUAAGGACUGACAUUUGGGAAGUAACUGCUCUUCUGUAGCUCUCUUAUUAAUGUAGUUUUCCUCCAAGUCCCAGUAGCCAUGAAUGUUUCUUAACAGAGGUGCAAAGUCCUGAUGUUACCUUCAGGAUUGUCUCUGUUCUUCUAGCUUGUGCAACUCAAGGCAGUCUUUUGCUGAGAGUUUCUUUCAUCAGUCUUCUAACAAAUGAGACUUCAUAUUACAUAUGUGAAGAUAAAUGGUUGUCUACUACAGCACUUUUAUAGUACAAUCUGAACCCUAUAGGAGCUUAGCAGUGAUUUUGUUUUGUUGAAAAAAGUUUUUACCAGCACACAGUCACAACUGUUGUUUUCUCUUUGACUUGUAUCAGUGGUCAUAGAAAAUAUCUGGAUUGUUUAGUCGUCUGUUGUGCUCUUGGUUGUUUUUUUGGGGGGGGGGGGGGUUGUGCAAGAUGUUUUUAACCUCUUAACAUCUGCCAGGUCAGCAGUUUAGGUUCACAUCAAUUUUUCCUGGUAAUUUUAACAUGUUUUGCGUACACAAAUGGACGAAGACGAAAAUUUAUGAAUGACAUUUAAAAGGUAACAACUCUAGUUUCUGAAGCCCAUAUAACCCUAAAGUUUACACUAAGAGGUUUGCCAGGUACCUGGUGGAUAUUAGAAGGUUAAAUCCAGUUAGUUAAAACAGUCUUGGAAUAUUCUGGAAAUACUUUCAGAGUCAGAGUUUCCAAAGAUCAAAGACCUUUUUGAAAGGUCGACUGGUGUGGGUUUUUCUAACAUUUUGGCUGCUCAGCUCUGUGACUGGAUUUUAAGGUAAAAAGUGAAGCGGAGAAAAAUAUAAAGAGCCAGUAAAAGGCAAAUGGACGGGUAUUUUUAAAUCAAUAUUUGGAAUUCAGUUUAAAUAAUUAAACCUGCCCUAUUAAUUUAUGUAUUCAAAUACACUGGUGACUCAUCAGAGUGCCCAUUAGUGGAUCCUGUUGCUUCAGGGACUCGAAUCCUCCACAGGGUUGACGAUGCAAGAGCUCUUUGAACCGUGAAGGUGUUGGCAGACAGCAGGGAGCUCAGCAGAAACAACGACAGCUAAUGUUACUGACAAAGUUACCCUUCAAGUUGCACCCAAAGAAAGACAAAGUUCAUGUGUUUAGCUCAGUAAAAUCAGCUACACCACAGUUUCCCUUCAAAGUAGAGUGUAAAAGAGACCAGGCACCUGCAAGUCAGUUAUAACUUUUUUACUUUAAAAUAUAAAGCAUCCCGAAGCAACUGACAGAUGACUUUUGUCUUGUAUAGCAUAUUUGAUACUAUAUAAUUAAAAGUGAAUGUUGGAAUUAGAACAUUCUGUGGUCUAAAUUUGGCAAUUUAUUAUUUCCUCUAAAGAACUGGUCUGAAACUGCCCUAAUUAUGUCAAAAGAAAGAUGUUAAAAAUGCUGUCCCAUUUCACUAAGCCAGGUUUCCAUCCAGUCGAAACCAAACCUAAAGCAAAUCAUGAAUGAAUCAUGAGUUUGUCCAUCAAACUGCACGUGGCUUUAACUUAUUGGUCAGUACCAUUAAAAUAAUAAGACAAUAAGACACAAGGCAAAAGCUCAAAAGGUGGAAAUGUAAAGUCCACUUUUGCUAUUAUUAUUAUUGUUAUUAUUGUUAUUAUUAUUAUUAUUAUUGUUAAGGUUUUCAAUCCUUCUAUGGACAUUGAAGUGGUGUUUCGAGUACAUCAUAAGUCUGUUUAAUUGAAAUAUCACCAAUUUUGUCAUAUUUUGGUGAUUAUGGAUUAGACUACUAGUUCUUAAUGUUUUUUAGUCUUCAACCCUUCUAUGGACAUUGAAGCUAAACACCAUAAUUUCCUCAUUCUUGAACAUUUUGUAAUUGAAACACUGGCUAUUCGGGGGGGGGUUGUUUUUUGGAGGGCGAGAGGGUCUAUUACUCGAUGAAAAAUAUCCAUAAAUGGAUAAGUUUAGAUCCCAAUGUUAUCUAGCAGGACUGCAGUUGUCGAUAUAGGGGUUCUGGCCCGUUAAAACUGCAUUUUAAAGCAUUUAGAAGUAGAAUUCUGCAUUAAUUUGUGCCACAUUGUUCACUUUUCAACGCUUCAAAACAAAGCAAAGCAUCAGUGAGUCUAAUUAGGAGGAUAAUAACAAGGUUGUAGUAGGAAAGUGAGCCUGAACUCUGGAUGUGAAACAGACGCGUUGUUGCUCUGUAAACACUCCAAGGUAAAAAAACGACACAUGCCCAGGGCCCGGGGUUCCCUCCACAUGCUGUCUUCAGCAGUAAUGAGGACAAAAACUAGACCAUGUGAGUAAAGUGUGCGGGUGCUCGGGGGAUUCUCUGUGCUGCAGAUGGUUUCGCUCGGCUUCAACCCUGAUUGUACAGACAGGAAACCCUCUGAGCUGACAGCUAAGGGACAGGAGGCUUAUAGCUUGUACGCUAUACAGGCACCCACAGAGGCAGUAUGUAACGCUUCCACAGAAAUGUCUCACAAAAUCUUCUUAUUGGUUCCCAGUCAUAAUCAGCUUGUGAAAAUGUAGAAAUAUUCAAAUGUACCAAGGAGCACUACGACAAAUUCCAGUUAAAAUGAUUUAUUUUUUUGAUUUCCUGGACGAUGAACGUCUAUCCUACCAUCCAUUCUCUUCCGCUUAUCCAGCUCAGGGUCAGAGACUAGUAUGCAGCUCAGUGCCCUAACAGAGAUACAUUACACAAAAAGAGGCACCGGGCAAACGUUCUAACAUUGUUUUAUCUUAGAUAACAGUUUUACAAAGUGGCGAAACAAGAGUUAGAGGCUUUUUCAGUGAAAGUUUUAAUCCUCCUUAACAGUCCAUAACAUUUAGGAUCUAAAUUAAAUAAAAAUACUUAAGUUAUUAUGCAUCAUAUUAUUAUGUGUCAUACACAUGCUAAUACUGGAUCAUAAUGAAUGAUUUAUUUGUGUGUAUAAAAUUUUAAUGUUGCACUUGGUAUGAUUUAUGUUAAUUUGCGUCACUCGGGUGGCCCUUCAAAGUAUGCAAGUUAAGUGUUAGUCUUUUAUCUUUUAUUUCUCGAGUCAACAAAAGAAUCAGAAGAAGUUUAAAAAUUUUGGGAGCAGUAAACGUCUUAGCCUCGUGUGCCACAGGAGAUUUUGAGACUUGAAAGUCGGCCUUUGAAUUUGCAAGUCUGGAAAUGGCUGAUCUAUAUUAAUACAGCAUCAUAUUUAAGCAGAAUUAUGUUUCAAAUUUUGCAAAAUAAGAAAUCACAAACACUUGUUUUGAAGGCAUCUGGAAAUCUUUUUUUUGAUUCUUGAUGACGUUCCUCCAUGGCAGCAGUUGGCACCCCACGUCACGUCCUGUGGAAACGGCAGCCAUGUUUGGUGGUGCAGAAGCAUCUCUGCUUUUCUCAGCGAACGGUCUGCAAACUGUAACGAUGCUGAGCAGCAGACAGCAGGUGGUGGAGAAGCUGUAGGGAGUUUUAAUUUGAAUAUCUUCACAGCUCCCACAUGUUGGCGAAGACAUUGAAGUAGCUUCUCCAUCUGGAUCUGUUCAAGAACGAUCAAUGUGAAACAUGUUUCAGGAAGUCUGCAGAGCUGCUUGGACGUGUGAUGUUUGGUUUGCACAGCCGUGUUUGCCUGGUGUUGCUGGUAUUCGUGACAGUUGCUGAGGGAAGAGUUUAGACAAAAAUUUAAGUGUUUAAACAUAUUUAAGCUCAUCUCCAGAAACGUUCUGGGUAAAAUUACUUAAUUUUCUGCCAAGCAGCAGAGUUAACAAUAGACCUGCAAUCACGAAGUGUGAUUCAUCUUGUAUCAGGGGGAGUUUUUAAUCAUCAACUGUUGUUUCCAAAUGUCUACCACCGCCUUUCAAACAUGCCCAGCAGUCUAAAUUUGACCCUGCUUUAAGCAAUAUUUUUGCCAAGCUGUUCUCUGAGCGAGUGAGCUGUUAUUGUCCUGUCAUCUCCUCCUCGGGUUCAGCUAGGAGACUGCCAUCAUGUUUUUUGUAAACUUGAAUUUUGCUGCUGUAACACAUUUUAUUCACAUCGCUUUUCGUGAGAACGUCUAUCCUGUCUGAGAUUUGUGUUGACUGUUGGAUGCCUUUUAACUGUUUCUUAAAAAAGCCUAAGAGCAUGAAUGUAUUGUUUGUUUAGUACGUCAGAUUAAUAUCUGAUUGUUCUUUGUUUUCAUCGGUGAUCUUUGUGCAAAAUUCAAAUUUAUUCACAAGCGGCAGUUCCUCUAAUGUCCACUAAAGGGUCCAAAAGUGAGUCUGUCUCAGUUGCAGCACAAUGACCCAAAUAUGUGUGUAUGAUGAGGGGAGGCUUUCAUUUCUGAUCUAUAAAACUGAACACCUGUGGAAAAAGCUGAAAGUACACAAACCUGAGAACAGCGGUGGGACUCAUGGGAAAUCUGAAGGUUACCCCUGAAAUUAACUAAUACCAAGCAAGAUGAAAAUUCAGUUUAUUCCCUGUAUUUUAAUUGUAGAAAGACUUUUUAUCUCAACAAAAAUUCAUUUGAAGCCAUGGUCACACUUAAUGGACAACACCUGGGUCUGAAAAGUAAACCCAAUAUGGAAGUACCAAAAGCUGCAGUUCCUUUAACGUCCAGCAGGGGCCCCAGCAGUUGGUCAGUACCCACAGACUCCCAUAUUAACACUUUACAGCAUAAAUAAACAUGUUUACAGCCUGAUACAAACACUGCAUUGGCCUGUAUAGACUAUUCACCCUUUAGUUUAUAACUCAUCUGUUUAAAUUGUAUUAAGGGUUAAAGUUUGCAUUACUGAGGGUGAGGCCUCUUUGACUCACAGGUGGAUAGUGACACAGGUGGCUUCAGUUAACUGGACUCCCUGAACUGGACCUCUGUUUGUGCUGUUGGAGCCUUUUGGAGCAUUUUAAUGAUGUUAUCUGACCAAUAACAUGGCUGCCGUGUGAUUACUGUACUUACAGACUGUCUAAAGAAGCUACUUAAUGUAGUUUGCCAACAAAGCUAGCUCGCAUUGGCUAAUAAAAUAUCCAAAGAUGGUACUUCUGGUUCCAGAAAUAAGAAUAUACAUAUAGCACCUUAGUGUGCCACCACAUUUCGAAAUCGAUUUAAACCAGCUGAUGCAUACUGUCUGUCUGAUGCUCUCCAGAAACCUGUGAAGAAAAACAAGGUUUUGUGUUCUGGUUUCCUGUGUGAGACACCCGUGACCCUAACAUAUUUUCUUUCUAGCACAGGAUGUCUGGUUCCCACGGGCACUUCUCCGGAGUGCUUCCACAGGGAGAGUGGUCCAUCCUAAUCCCCUCAUUAAGAUAAAAAGUCUGAGCUUGGCUGAGCUAAUGUUCUCCAGACCGCUUAGGGAACCAUAAACACCAGUUUACAAAGAUAUUGUGUCAGUCAUUUAAACAUGUAGGGGGAAUAACCACAGAUCCAGUCACACUGAGAAUGAACAGUUUGACUCCAUGAAUGUAGAGAGGCAGAAGCAGGACUGAGUGAUGUAGCGUCAUUAAAACAUAAUCAGUGCCUGAAGGAGUCAAUCAAAAGUCAUCAAUUCUUUACCUUUUCUGCUUCUUGGACCCUUUCUUCUAUUUGUACAGCUGCUCCUUUUAAUACUUGUCCUUUCUUGCUUGCUUGUCUUGUUUUUGCCACUUUUAUCAUUUUUAAUUCUUCUGAUUCUCUCAUCUACUUUCUUUCUGCCCUUUUCUCCAACUUUUUCUCUUUCCAUUAUGCUGUUGGAUAAAAACUUUCUAAAACAAAAAAACUAAGGGAAGUUUAUGUGAAAGAAAAUUUGUGCACACUUUAAAUCUGUUUCUACUGUUAGCUCCUGUUUUUCUUCUUAAACACCAUUAAAACUUCCUUAUAAUCCAGGAUCCAGCUGUUUAAAAGCCAUCAUGCCGUCAAUGAAUUUCGUUUGUCCUCUCCAAAGAAAAUGUAGCUUUUUGUAGCAUUUCUGUGUAUUUUCGUGAGACUUGAUGAGGUUUUAUUGUCUCUGUCUGGGGUCUUCUUGUUAGAUUUUCUAUCUAAAGCCAUAUGCUAAGCUGUGACCUGCAGUAGCAACUAAACGCUGUAUUUAGCUUCUUCACACAAACAAAUGUUUCAUUUCAUUCUGACAGAUGUUUCGGUUUUAAUCCACGAUGUAACAGUCAGUGACUGAAAGGUGGAUGAUGGUUAAAUGUUUUAGUCCUUCAUUGACUGUUUCUCCAUAAUUAUUCUCGGUGUUAUUCUAAUGACUGUCAAAUCAUUUCUGGUUUUUGUGUUUGGAUCAUGCCUUUGUACUAAGAACUGUGUUGUCUGCAGGUAUCUUGUCGUCUCUCCAUCUUCUUUGAACCUCAGCACUGUAUCAUGUGACCCAGGUAGCCGCUUCGCCCGUGUUUUAACGAUAAAGAUGAUAACUAUUGUGCCUCAUAGAAAUCUUUAAAUAAAAACAAAC